AUGAUCUCCCAUCUGAGCGAGACGAAUAGCCUGACAGUUCGGGAGACAGACGAGGCUGGAAACCCUACUGCAACCUACGUCUACUCGGGAGAUGUCGCUUCCUCGAUCACUUCCUCGAAGACACCGGCUGGCCGAGUAGAUGUAAUAGUCGGCAUCCCGGUUAAUGUCCUGGGAUACCUGCCAAACACUUCAGAAUGA